GCGCGCGCGCGCCGUGCCCUGUCUGGUUUGGAGGGGAGCUCCAGACACGCCGCCGCGCGCCUGCCCAGACAGCGGCCUGGAUGCCUGGGAUGAGCGCGGGACGGCGGUGUUACGCGCGAGAGCUUGGCCGGGCCACGUAGCGGGGCUGAGGACGCCGGUGCGCAGGCAUCGCCGCAGUCCGUUGCGCACAGCAGCACGCAAACCUUUGGCCUUUUGCACUAAACGACCACUGGCACCGGCCUUUCUGAGCGCACAUCCGCGAAUGUGGAGGGCGAGCGACACAAGUGCGCGUGCAACGCCGAAUCUGUGCAACUAUGACUGCAUGAACGCAAGAGGGAGGUCGCUGUCGACAGAGGUAAUGCACUGUAAAUGGCAAGUUGAAGCAAGUUGCACAGGAAAGAAGCCUUCAGACAAUACUGUAUCAGCAACUUGCCUACACCUCGUAUAUCAACUGGAGAGGAGAUUGGUUCAGAUGUUCACAAUCAAAGACUCCUAGGUUUUCUUCAGAUUGAUUUUUAAGUACAUGAAACUGAAAGUGGACCAGAUUGUAUGUCUGUCCAAUUGGAUUUCCUGCUUUGGUCAGUAUGGAUGCUCUUUUUGAAUCAGGCUAACUGUGACUUGCCUCAUUCCCUCCUUCUUGCCUCCUUAGCAGAAGGAGGGUGGGGGAUUGGUGUGGCAUCCCCUGCCCUUCCUGAGUAAUUUAAUCAAACAAGGCACCAUACGAGUUGCUUUUGUCUAUUUCUUUUAACUUCCAUCAAUCCAUCUUUCAACUCCUUCACCCUCUUCAUGAAAUCUUGCCAGAGCCUCAAGGAAGAGGUUUCCGUCCCCAGCCUUGGCGGGAUGUCACAGGAGGAAGGACGCAGGGCGCCAGUGUCCCAGUCCUAUUUUCACUCCCCCAACCCCGAUCUGGACCUGACAGGAAAGCUUUAUAAAAGGGAGGCUGGUGGCAAGCCUUAUUCUGUGUUGGUGGACAAUAAAAUGGCAUCAAAGACAUCCGUUGGGGAGCAAAACGUUGGUCAGUUGCCCACUCAUGUUUCUCCGCAGCAACACCAGCAGUAUUUCAGAGAGGGGGGCACUGGACCGGAGGUAACACAGGGGUCCCAGGCGAGCAAUGAUGGCACUUCUGAUGAAACUGAAGAUGAUGAAGAGGACGAUGAGGAGGAUGAGGAUGGUGAAGAGGAGGGCUUCAAGCGUGAGCAGAUCAUAGUCGAGGUCAACCUAAAUAACCAGACACUUCAUGUAUCCAAGGGCGACAACAAAACUGGAACCGCAGUGGAUGACUCCGAGCGAGCGGGCAGCGAUGAUGACGAAGAGGAGGAGGAGGAUGAUGACGAUGAAGACGAGGAGGAGGAAGAGGACAGUCCAGAGGAAGAGGAGGAAGAGGAUGAAGAAGAUGAGACUAAGAGUCGAAGAACAAGGUCAAAGAGGGCCCGUAGGAGUGGGAGUAGCACAGCAGCUCCCAGCCAGCCACAGAAGAAGAGCCUCAGAUCGACUCUGAGUGAGUCUAGUACUGGGAUGACCACAAGGGGGCGACGCAAGUGCACGGAGCCUCCAAAGAGCAAGCGGAGGUCAGCGAGGUCGGCCCCAGCCUCUGCCGGUUCCACGACGGCCUCGGCAGGGGGGAAAGCAGAGAUGGAAGAGAAGGAGAUGCUCGCGUGUGAAAAGUGCCCCCGAGUGUUCAACACACGCUGGUACCUGGAGAAGCACAUGAACGUCACGCACAGGAGAAUGCAGAUCUGUGACAAGUGUGGUAAAAAGUUUGUCCUGGAGAAUGAGCUUGCCUUGCACCAGCAGACGGACUGUGAGAAGAACAUCCAGUGUGUUACCUGCAACAAGUCUUUUAAGAAGCUGUGGUCACUGCAUGAGCACAUUAAGAUUGUACACGGCUAUGCUGAAAAGAGGUUCUCAUGUGAAAUCUGUGAGAAGAAGUUCUACACUAUGGCUCAUGUCCGUAAGCACAUGGUUGCUCACACGAAGGACAUGCCAUUUACCUGCGAGACAUGUGGGAAGUCGUUCAAACGCAGCAUGUCUUUAAAAGUUCACUCGCUCCAGCAUUCUGGAGAGAAACCCUUCCGCUGUGAGAACUGCGACGAGCGGUUCCAGUACAAGUACCAGCUGCGCUCGCACAUGAGCAUUCACAUCGGCCACAAGCAGUUCAUGUGCCAGUGGUGCGGCAAAGAUUUCAACAUGAAACAGUAUUUUGAUGAGCACAUGAAAACACACACAGGAGAGAAGCCUUUCAUCUGUGAGAUCUGUGGGAAGAGCUUCACCAGCCGGCCCAACAUGAAGCGCCACCGCCGCACCCACACGGGGGAGAAACCCUACCCCUGCGAGGUGUGCGGCCAGCGCUUCCGCUUCUCCAACAUGCUCAAAGCACACAAAGAGAAGUGUUUCCGGGUCACCAGCCCCGUGGUUCUGCAGACCAGCGGCCCACCCGUGCCUGUCCGCCUCUUUGCCAACACCUUCCUGUCCUCUUCCUCCACGGCCGGCCCCGGCCCCGGCCCCUCGGCCGCUGCCCCGGCCACCACGUCUGCUUCGCUGGGCCUGAGCCCAACGGGAGGCUCCAUGUCUCCGCGGGGCCCCGUGGGACAAACAUUCUCACAUGUACAGCUCCAUUCAACCCCCGCUCACCACCACCCACACCCGCCGACAGCCCAGCAGCAUCUUUCAAACGCACCCCAGCACGCCCCACCUCACCCCCACCACCACCUCGCCGUGCCCCCGGUCUCCCACCUCCCCCCUCCCCCUGCUCUUUUCAAAAGUGAGCCCCUCAACCACUGUGGGCAUGAGGACAGCAGCUACCUGCACCACAUGCCCCCCCCUGACAAGGGUCCAGGAGCUCCACAGCACCACUGACCUGUGCUCCAGCUCUGCAGGCCCAAACCAAACAACGCCUUCUCCUGCUCUCAUAGUCCUGCCUCAGACUUUAAGUUUCAAGACCCCCAGUAUAAGGGUGCUCUUUUCAUACAGAUGUAAUCAGACUAAACACACAGCUGUGUAUGUGUGAGACCUAUCAAACUAAUACACCCUCGGUGCACACCCUCACUUAAAACCUGGUCAACUGACAACCUCCGUUUUUUUUCUUUUUGUUUAUUUUUUCUUGAACACUUAGGAAGUCUUCACAGCGGUUUCUCUGCUAUCUGUACAUUGAUGGGUGUAAAGUAUCUUUUUCAUCAAAAGCUGCUGAUGGUAGUUGACAUGUAUUAUUGGGGUGAAUCACAAAAAAAGAGAUCAGUGUCAUUGAACUUUUUGUCAAGUUGACUUGUGCUUGCACAGCGGUCAGGACUUGCUCCUCCCAAAAGCAAUACUCGAUCUGUCCUAGUCGUACUGCAGAGACUCAGGUCCUGCAGAAACGUGUGCUGAAUGUCGUGGUUCCUCCGGAGCCUUUCACUGACUUAAGGCUGAGGCUUCCUCUCAGAGGGGCCACAGCAGUAGUGCAGACGCCAUGUAGUGACCGUGAGGAGGGGGCAGGACAUUUUGUAAAUGAUCAGCUGGGUCUAGACACAGUCUGGGGUCCAUGUCAGAGUAAAAUGGUGCUUUCCAUUCCAGUACAUGAAUAUUACUUAAUUUUGCUUUUUCCAUUUGAAGUGUAAUAGUUAAGAACAGUGUCUUGUGUCCUGUCUUCGCUUUUCUACAAUGAAUUUGAAGUUUUGGCUAAACUCGAGUUAUGCAGGACACACGUCGGGCACACGUCACCCUCACACCUGAGCACACGGAAGACGAAAACACACAUCGGUGCAACCUCAACUUUCUCAGUACUGCUGGUCAACAGAUGCUUUUGGGUGACUGUCAGAUACUGCCACUGUGAGGGGCCAGACACGUGGCCCCAUCAGGAUUUACCCCACCUCCUUUCGCUGCUGUUGAAACAAUACGGGUUACCAUGCUACAGGUCAUUUACCACAGCACACACACACACCUGGGACCUUUUUCAUUACAAUUUUAACAGUUAUGCAUAUUCCUCUCAGCCUCUAUUCCAUUGUUCGGUGUGGGACAUUGUAGUAAAGCAAGGUUUAGUUCGUGACCUUCACCAAGCUGACAUACCAAGGCCACACCGGCAGAUGUGUCCAAACCUGUUGAAUGUUGCCUACGCAGAUUGAUGACGUACGAGUCAUUCACAUGUUUAUUUUUUUAUAAGUUCUGUUAUGAUACUUUGCUCGGUUUGAAGCUAAUGAAUGGCUCCGUAGUCUAGAUAAACUGCUGUUGGCUCCAGAAAUACGGAAUGUCAGGAUAAUGAGCAGUGGUCAAAACCAUUAGAGUUUGAGUUGUCGCAUAUAUCGGCGUCCAUGUGGUCAAGUCAGCGCGAAACAUUAGGUUUAUUACUGUAAGAAGUGAUGGCGUGAAUGUCGUUUUAAGCAGAAGUGGCCGGCGACUACUGGGCAUGUGAUCAGGUUGUCUGGCUGUGUGUUAAGGGGAAACGUUGACCUUUGCAUGAGAGUGCGAGUGCAUGCAUUAGUUUUCCCAUUCUGUCUGGCUUUCCCCCUUUUUCACUGUGUGUGUGUUUGGGGAUACCUGAGCUGAACAAUAGCAGUAAACCACAAUCCUCCUCCUACCCCUACAGUCUGAAGUGGUUAAGCUCAAUAGUUUAGGAUGUCCUUAUUUUGAUGAGACCUGCAAUUAUCCUGCCAUUUCUGUGGGUCUUAAUAGCGCUGCAUUAACAGCUUAUUAUCCUGUUCCCUUGGGUUGACUGCUGUUCUUGAGCAUUUUGCAGUACAGAUCUUUGUCUAGUUUCUUUUUUUUUUUUUUUAAGCCUUUGAAUUUGUGUGUAUUCUCUGCACUUUACUGCUGCGUGGGUGAGGCGCAGGGAUGGGAGGACUGACAAUGCAUUGUGGAACAGAACGGGGGGAAAAGGGUGGAGGUGAUUACUUUUGAGUGGAUGUUUUUAGGCAAGGAAAGGAGGAGAAUCCCAGAUGGAGGUGGGUAGUGUGGAAGGGACCAGAGCAUAUGAAUAUUCCUUUUUUUACACACGCGUAUGUUUCAUUAUGCAUUUUUAAAAAGAAUCAACAUUUCUGCUGAAUUCAGACCGGACCUUAGGGUGAAAGCGAUGUUCUUUUUGCUUUGGCGACUUUCCACUAGCGCCUCUAGUCGACGUCUGACACACAUUAUUCUGUCAUUGUUUGUCUGUGAAGCUCUUUUUCUGUCACAUGUUUGAUCUUUCAGUUUGCCGAAUGAUUCUCCUCCUCCUUUCUUUGUUAUAUAGAAUGCACUUUCUACUAAAAUUCUUGGCUAGUUAAGGAAAAUAACAAUGUAUAUUCUUUAAAGAUGUUUUAAAAAUCAAUAUACUUUUUCCCCUUUGUAUUUUUAACCACUUAAUGUAGCAUUGUGUAUUUUAUUAUUGUAUCUGGUACAAAAUGUGCAGCUUUAUAAUGUCCUGGUUUGUCUUUUUUUGUAUGUUUCUGGAGAUUGAGAAGUGAAAAGGUUGGGCCUUUUUGAUAAUGUACAUUUAACUGACUGCUAACUUUGAGAAGUAAAAACAAGUAGCCAUGA